AUGACUGCCAGAGUUUGCUGCCAGUCCUGUGCGCCUCUGGACUGAAUCUCCCUGAGAGAGUCAGACAUACUGACAGAGAAAGUGAGCAAGGGCAGCAGAGAGGGGAGAAAGUAAACGAACAGGAAAGAGACAACUCAGAAAGACAGGAAAACCCAUCAGAAGAAAGGAAACAGGCAAGAACUGACAGAGGAGAAGGGAGGAGAGAAUAGUAAGUCUCUCUUUUUGUCAUGGCUGAGAACAACACUAGUCUCUUUUUGGAAAUGCUGGAGUCUUUCGAUGCCGCCCCUCUGGUCAUAGCUUUCUGUGUGUCCAUGGCUGUGGGCCUGCUCUUGGGUGCCCUGGUUUACGUGAUCAUGACAUGGAUGUCUCGACGCAAAACAGGCUCUGCCAGCAUCACUCGUCGCCAACCACGCCAAUCCCGUAGCCGCCCAGGCUUUAAUCGCAACAGCAGCUAUGAUCGUCGGAGCAACAACAGUUUAAUAAGCGCUGCUUUCAGCUUUCACCGGCAGAAUUCCUCACCAGAUCACCUCGACCCAAUGGGACACAAAUCCAGCUUCAGGGCCUCCACUUUCCAUCCUCUCAUCCACUGCAGCCAGAUUGCAAGGGAGGCAGAGGAGGGGAGUCAGUCCACGCUCCCUCGCACACCAACGCUGACCAUGUCAGAUGGGUCAGCUCCAACUUCAGCCCAGCCAGCUGUUACACCACCAAGACCCGAGUCAUUUUGGGGGAACAACGGUCUGAGGGUUCUUAAUGUUACACAGACCCCACCUCCAGCUUAUGAAAGCAUCAUUAGAGCUUAUCAAGAAACAUGCACCUGAUGGGAUGGAGAACACCUAAAUGAAUGAUGAACCCUGAGUUUUAAAUGGAUUUUCCAUGAUACAGAAUUUUAUCUGCACUUAUAUGACCAGACAAACAGUUGUUUCGUGAUCAAUACAAUUACAUCAUUUCUAUGUCCUUUGGUCCAUCUAAAGGCAUAUUUGCCUUCAAUAAUCAAUAAUGUAUCCAUUUAAAAAUUUUAAAAGUCAUCUGACACAGGAAACUGGCAGAUUAUGAUCAGAAAUGGUUCCUUGUAAAAUUAGCAGUUUGUAUUUAAUGGUGAUUGACAAUAUGCUUAUACAAGAUAUUUUUAUGAGUUUAAGCAUAGCCUAAAUUUACAAGUAUGUCCUUUUGGCUGGGGCUAUAUAGUGGAAGGCAAGACAUAUGCUUUGUCCGUUUCAGUCUUGUAAUAACUAUGCAAAAACAGAAAAUAAUGUCUAUAUAUGUGAAGCCUUAAAAAAAGAAGUGUGUAACAUUUAACAUUUAAAACCUAUGCAAAAGAAUGAUGAAGACCAGGUUAAACUGAUCUAAAGUAUGGUAUGUUUUUGCUGCCUCACAUGUUUUACAGAGUUGACGUGAGUGGCUGUGUGCUUGCAUGAACAGUAUGAAUGAGUGUGAGAGGAAGGGAUACCAAAGUUGGGCAUUAGGUGUCAGAUGUUUUUGUAUAUAACGUGUCUUUUGAGUGUAAUUUAGUCAAUUAUUGUUGCUUUUAAUUUAAUGUAAUAAAAGCACAAAUCAAAACAUUUCCAUUUAGACCCAAUGGCCUGUAACAAAUACAGAGAGUAUCUGAAGUU